AUGCUCUCUUCCGAUCUGGACUCUGCGGAGGACACGACGGCCAGUGCUCCCAAUGAUGCCGAGGGAGAGGAGCAGGUGGAGGAGGAGGAGGAGGAGGACUCACCGGCCGAGAGUGAUGUCCUGGAGGAGCAGCGUCCAGUGAAGCAGUCCCUGGGUGCUUGUGUCUGCCGGGAGUCCCAUUGGCGCUGCCUGCUGCUCUCUUUGCUCAUGUACAGCUGUGUGGGCGCGGUGGCCUGGUGUCAGCUCACCCGGGUCACCAAGAUCAGCUUCAACUCCGCCCUCACCUCCUCCUUCACGGCCUCCUUCACUUCCUCCCUGCGGGGGGCAUCUGGGAUGGGCGUUGGAGGACACUCAAUGAUCUACCACGACAGCCCCUGCUCUGACGGCUACAUCUACAUCCCUCUGGCCUUCCUGCUCAUGCUCUAUGUGUUGUACAUGGUGGAGUGCUGGCACUGCAGAGCCAGGAGCGAGCUGCAGUGCAAAGCAGAUGUGGACAGUGUGUAUGAGCGCGUGCUGCGGAUGCAGCAAGCCCAGCCCUGCAUAUGGUGGAAGGCUAUCAGCUACCAUUUUGUCCGAAGGACUCGGCAGGUCACUCGAUACCGCAACGGGGACGCCUACACCACCACACAGGUGUACCAUGAGAGAGUGAACACACAUGUGGCAGAGGGAGAGUUUGACUACAGCCACUGUGGGAUGAAAGAUGUAUCACGUGAACUCAGAGGCCUGGAGGGACAUCCAGCAACCCGCCUGCGAUUCACCAAGUGUUUCAGCUUCACAGAGGCAGGUCCAGAAAAUGACUACCUCAACCAGAGAGCCAGGUUCUUCUCUGAAAUAGAGGGUUUGGAUGAUUACAUGGAGGCCAGGGAGGGGAUGCAGCUGAAGAAUGUGGACUUCAGAGAGAACCUGAUAGCCUUUGUAGACCCAGAUAGGAUGCCUUGGUACACUUCCCAGGUUGCCUUCUGGCUGGCAGCUCUCUUCAUGCUGUCCUGGCCUCUGAGAGUGCUCACAGAGUACCGCACUGCUUAUGUGCACUACCGGAUAGAGAAACUAUUUGGGUUAGAGUACAGCCACAGCAGCCUGUCUCCUCUGGAUGAAGACAGGCCUGUGGCGAAUAACACUGGCUGUGUUAUUCCAAGAGUAGACACACUGGACAGCACUGAAAUGGAGUGGCACAUACGUUGCAACCGCCAGGUGAUUCCCAGCUACUCAGAGGCCAUGCUGAUAAACAUGAGCACAGCAGACUCAAACUCACUACAUGACACUGAAUGCACGUCAUCCUCAAACUGCUUCCUGUUGGACAGCAGCCAGACUGCACAGAGUUACGGCGCUCUCCAAAGCCAGGACAACUGCGAGCAAUGCAGCGAGCUGGCUGGGCGAGAAGAUGGGGGAGGCGGGAGGAGGACCGUCACCAGCUCCAGCUGCUCCUCCAUCUUUUCCUGUCGGGGAGCGCUGUUUCAGUCCCACCUCUCCUCAGACACAUCUCGCUUCUCUCUGUGCCGCAUGUAUGGCUCCCAUCGCACUGUGGCUCUGUGGAGGAGCCGCAGCAGCAACCUGACGGACCCCUGCUGCGUGGACGAGCAGUGCUGCGGGUCCGACUCCAGCCAGCUGGCCCUCAGCGACAGUCCACCUACUUACAGGGACGCUCGGUUCUUCCCAGUUCUUAUUGUGCAUCGGUCUGAGGGCUGUGGCAGCGAGGAUAGGAGGGAGGUGAGGCGUUAUUAUAUACGGCGAGGGUCAUCCUGUGUGGAGACAGCUCUGUGA